AUGAGAACUCUCGUAGUGCUAGCCGCCCUUGUGGCGGUACUGUACGCUAAAACUUUCACCAUGGAGACCCGUUCGUCAGGAUCACUCCGUGCUCGAUUGAUCGCAGCUAAUCUUUAUCAGAAAUUCUUGGAAGAUGAGCAUCUGCGUCGUGCUCAAAUCCUUGCCUCCGGAUCGCAGCCAUUUAUCGACUACGCUGAUGAUUUCUACCUCGGAAACGUGACCCUUGGAACUCCACCUCAAACCACCACUCUUGUGCUGGACACAGGAUCGUCGAACUUGUGGGUGAUCGACGCAGCCUGCAAGACCGCCGCCUGCAAUGGAGAGCCGAACAGCGGCUACACCAAGCACAAAUUCGAUACCACCAAGUCUUCCACAUUCACCAAAGAAACUCGCACCUUCUCCAUCCAGUACGGAUCCGGAUCGUGCAAUGGCUAUCUUGGCACUGACACCAUAUCGUUUGGAGGUAAAUGCUGCAGGUGUCUGAUGCUUUUCGGAGAAAAAAUGUCGAAUAAGGAUGCGUUUGUGAUUUAUGAGCCAGAAUGUUCGUCUUACUGGCUCACUGAGCUCAGAUUCGAACUUUCUGAUAACACUGUGACUGAUAGCGCAGGUCUGACCAUCAAAACGCAAGAGUUUGGCGUUGCCACCCAUCUCGCUGCGGUUUUCGGAUACCAGCCGGUUGAUGGUAUCCUUGGUCUUGGAUGGCCUGCUCUUGCUGUCGACAGUGUGGUGCCACCAAUGCAAAACCUUCUUUCCACCCUCGAUCAGCCACUCUUCACUGUGUGGAUGGACAGAAAGCUCACAAUCAGCAACGGUGGAAACGCUGGUUUAAUCACCUAUGGAGCUAUUGACACCAAGAACUGCCAAUCGCAGAUCAACUACGUCCCUCUGUCCGCCGAGACCUACUGGCAAUUCCCCAUCCAAGGUUUCUCAAUCGGAUCCUAUUCGGAAAGCAAAAAAGAACAGGUCAUCUCCGACACCGGAACCUCCUGGAUCGGAGCCCCAACCACUGCCGUGAACGCGGUCGUGAAACAGACCGGCGCUAAGUAUGACAGCUUGAACGAACUUUACACCGUCGACUGCUCUACGAUGAAGACGCAGCCUGAUCUGAUCUUCACCAUCAAUGGCGUCACAUACAACGUACCAUCCGUAGAGUACGUACUGGAUCUCGGUCUCGGAAAUGGAAAAUGCGCUCUGACUUUCUUCGCCAUGGGUUCUGGUAGCUUCGGACCAGCAUGGAUUCUCGGAGAUACAUGGAUCCGUACCUACUGCAACAUUUACGAUAUCGGCCAGAAGCGAAUCGGUUUCGCUAAGGCUAACCAUUCUGGAAUCUAA